GUAAGGCUGUGUCAGAUGAUAUUUGAACAGUGUGUACGUGUACGGAUAAGCGUUUUUAAGAUGGCUGAAGCAGUUGUGAAGCACGAUGAGCACGUUACAGAUUUCGAGGAUACAGUAGCCAGACUCACUGAUGCUUUUCCAAACUUAAGUGUCGGGGUAAUACGGAAGGUUGCGACUAGUUGUCGUAGGGACAUUGUUAAGAUGGUCAUGCGGUUGUCAGCAAUUGAGGUCGAUGAGCAGCGCAAUGCGAAAGUUGAAGAAUCAGGAGCACUUAUGCCUAAAACAGAACAACCUUCAACUUCAGGAGUAGGACAAAAAAAACGAGGUACUUCGAUAAAGUCACAAGUGAAGAAAUACACCAGUGAUUUCAACAUAGAGGAGUUCUUGGAAAUGUUUCCGAAUCCAGAAGAGACAUUCCGCAAUCCGGAGCGAGGGGAAGACGUUCUUGAUUUGACAACCGCAGAUUAUGUUGUACAUUUCUUCAUGAAUAAGUACCCAUUCAUCUACAAGAGCCACAUCUCGUUUUUGCUAUACCAGGGACCUACGAGGCAACCAAAGUGCAAAAGUCUACUUAAGGUGGAUGAGGAAUUGCAGCAGGCAGAGCAAAACGAUGAGCAAAUUAUGAAGUGCCGUCGAAAACCAACAACUAUGAGGGUUGAUCCAGGCGAAGACAUUCGACUUUUACAAGAGCUUGCUUACUUGGAGCACCGAACUGAUAUUUUAGAUUGUAAGCUGAAAAAAGAACAGGAAAAAACAAAAAGGAGAACAUUUGCAAAAGAAAACGGUUCUUCAGUUUCGUGUCAAUGCUGCUUCGCGGACGACCUAUUGCCUGAAGAAGUGUAUUCGUGUACCAACGAUUGUAGUUUUUGUGAGGAAUGCAUCAGACGGAGCUGCGAAAUUAAACUUGCUGAGGGAGACAUACAGUUUCCGUGUUUGGCGGACUGUGGGUCGCAAUUUUCGUGGAAAACGCUGCAGGCGGCGCUUCCACCUACACUAUUUUCGAAACUAUCACAGAAUUACACGGAAUCUGAGAUACGGGCGGCAGGACUUACAGUUGACAGUUGUCCAUUAUGUAAUUUCCCCAACACCAUCGAUGAGCGAUGUACGUCGUUUCAGUGUUUUAACCCAGAAUGUAUGAAGGAGACAUGCAGGUUAUGCAAAGAGCUCAACCACCUUCCGUUGCGAUGCGAUGAGGUUGAGAAGGACGAAGAUGUCCAGGCACGCGUCUACGUUGAAAAUAAGAUGACCGAAGCAAUAUUGAGAUCAUGCUACAAAUGUAAGAGAAAGUUUGUCAAGGAGGAUAACUGCUGCAACAAGAUCACGUGCAUAUGCGGUGCGGUGUCAUGUUAUGUCUGCAAUAAGCCAGUGAUAGGGUAUGAUCACUUUAUUGGACUUGGAGACAGUCGGUCUGAGAAGUAAGUAAUUAAGAAGGCUUAUCCCUAUUUUCUGCCCCUAACACCAUUGCAAUAAAGUAACAUUCGAAUUUCACUUUUUACAUAUACGUAAUCCCCAUUCGUAGUUCAUUUACGCCCAGACAAAACACAACAUGCCGAAAAGCGAGAUUGUACAGGUCCGUAUUUUUCUCAAUGUUCUUGGACAAAAUAAAUGAUUAUUUUUAUAGAAACAAGUGCACAUACUUUUUACAAUUAUAUAUUCGCUGGAAGUACUUGAAUCGUCGGCCGAACGGUUAAUAUUAAUUAUUACAGGUUCAGUUUGAAUAUCGAUCAUAUUAUUGUCCAGAUUCCACAUCCUUGUUUCGAUUGCCUCUUGAACGUGACGGAUGGAAUCUCCAAUGGUUUGCCGUCACUCUCAUGACAGCUUCAUAAAACGAAUUUUUCACGUCAGAAAAUUUGAAUGUUCUAUUGUUCGAAUCCACGUAGUUUUUUAUAUUUGCUCAAAUCAUUUCAAUGGGAUUUAAUUUGCAGUGAUAAGGGGGCAGCCUUAAAACGGUCUUAUUUUGUUUUUUGGCCAUUUCGUCAAUAACCUUUAUAUAGGUUAUAUUUGUGCUGUCUGACUAGAUGAUAAGUUCUGCUUUGACCAUAUUAUUAUUGAAACUAAUGUCUUUUGAUAGGAGUCAUUGUUGAAUUUCUGCCUUUCUUGUGGACAUUGUGAGAAUUUUUUCUAGUUUUCUAGUGUGGUAUGCAGCAUUAUCAAGUACAAUGACAGCAUUGUCGUCAAGCUUUGGGAGCGUUUCUUCAAACCAUCGUUCAAAUGAACUGCCGUCCAUUACUUCAUGGUAGUCGGUAGUUUUCUUUGACUCAAAUGCCCCAUAGGGCAGUGGGCACAAUAAAGAGCUUUUUAUUUUUUAUCUCGCAAACGAAGCGAGAUAUGGAGGAAACUCAAGAGACAAAAAAGUUGUAUUUUCAGCUUCUAAUUUUGAAAAAAAAAUAGAAACAUUUAAAAAGUCAGUGGCGCACACAGUUGACAUGGUUUGUCGUGUGAUGUACAGUCAUCUUAUUUUUGAAAUUUCUCUUGCUUACUGUACGGAUACUUCCACGCCCGUAGGCGUGGGAUGUAAAACACAUAAAGAAAAACAGUUUGACUUGUACUUAACAUUUUGUAAUCGGAACCUAAUAAGAUCACUUGUUUUAGUGUUGAUAACGAUUAUCAAAUGAAAAUUUGCAAGGAGGUCAGGGGCGGAUCAUGGGGAUCACCAUUAGUACUCUUAUUCUUUCGGUUUCUCAAAUAUAGGUGCCCGCUGUAUGUCGACAUGUUAGCAUUGCAUCAACGUGAACUUACUGCGGCAGCUGAUGAAGCGAAGAAGGAAGUUGAUCGCAACAGGUUGACAUCUGAUCCGUCAAGUGAUCUUGACAAAUACUUUAAAUAUAAACGAGAGACUACCCCGCAACCAAGAUGGAUGCAGGGACUGCCAGAAAGACAUCAUCCCAUAGAGCCCCAAAGAGAACUAAAUGAGAUUCUCAAUGUACAGGAAGAAGACACAGAAGACGACGACGAAUGAUGUUACCUGCUCAACAACAGCGGGACGAGCCUAGGGUUGCUCGAGAAGACUUGGAGGUACCAGCAGUACAAAACGUAAGAAUACCUCGCCGGGCAACGCCACAUACAAAUCAAGAUCAACCACAAGCGCCACGACGUGUUCGUCAAUACCAGGGGGCACAGAUACCUGUUCGAAGAAGGGGAUCAACUGCUGAGAAGUCGACUAAGACUAAGAACGUCUAAAAGGAUACUGACUGGAGUUUGCCUGCUUUCCAGUUUCCUGUUUUAUCUACGUGUCAGUGAUUUUAAUUCUUAACAAAGCCUUAUAUUAUUUCUAAUUAAAUAAUGAUGUAAAAAAAAUUAUUAUAAUAUUUAAUAAGCAAUAUUUUAGCUUAUUUCCUUAGGUUAGCACUACUUUUAUAUGCUGUAUUUUAUUGUCUUACUUUGUAUUAACGUUAGUUUUUAAAGUCUAUGUUUGAUUUUUUAUACUAUUUGAUCGAAUACAUUAUUUCCAUUUGAA